AUGAUAGACUAUGUGACAUGGCUGCCUACGCAGGCAGGGACAAUCUACAUGUAUGUAAGUAUCAACGGGGAUAACGUCAGCAGCUCUGAUACAGCACUUGCAGCUACCAGACAGAGGCUGAAGCUACCAAAAGCAAUUAUCAAGGGAUCAAACAUCACAAUGUAUCAGUAG